CGAGGGGCGGUGCUGAGCUCUCGGGGCGGUGCUGAGCUCUCGGGGCGGGAGGGUGGCCGUUGGGGGCCUUUAGGCAGGGACGGCGGCGGCUCCGCGCACAGGGGUUAAGAUGGAAGCGGCGCCGAGUCCCGCGCCGGGACUCUGCUGCAAGCCUGGAGGGCGACUGGACAUGAGCCACGGCUUCGUGCACCACAUCCGACGGAACCAGCUCGCCCGGGACGACUACGACAAGAAGGUGAAGCAGGCGGCCAAGGAGAAGGCGAGGAGGCGGCACACGCCUGCGCCCACUCGGCCCCGAAAGCCCGAUUUGCAAGUGUACCUGCCGCGACACCGAGAUGGCUCUACCCACCCAAGCAACCCAGACUGUGAGGAGUCCGGUGAAAGCAGCAGUAGUGGCAGCUCUGAGCCAGAGCCUCCUGGCCCUCAGCUUUUCUGCUUAGAGUAUGAGGCGGACAGCGGAGACAUCACCUCAGUUAUCGUGUAUCAGGAUGAUGAUCCAGGAAGGGUGAGCGAGGAGGUGUCAGCUCACACGCCUCUGGAGCCACUCAUGCGAGAGGCCCUCAAGUUGCGCAUCCAGGAGGAGAUUGCAAAGCGCCAGAGCCGACACUGAACAGACUGGAGUCGCUGCCCAGGGAGCCAUCCCUAGUUUGGGGGUGCAGGGACCAGUCUGAGCUGAUCUCAAGACACCCCUGUACCCCCACCAAAGCUGCCACAUCCACAGGGAAAGGGUGUCACAGGGUCUGGGCCUGGCCAUCUCCCUUGUAGCCAUUUUUUCUUAUAUGUUGGCCCAUUUGACCAGCCUAAUAUUCUGAAAAUUUGAGAAUUUUGUUUGGUUAGCUUGGUUUUGUGGAAGCAAAGACUCUGGGGAGAGUUGAGGUUUAUGAAACGCUGUGCCAAACUGCUGCUUUCUCACCAAGGUCAUGUCCCCCAGGGCACCUGGCCGCUGCUACUCCACCCAGCUCCUUGAGCCCUGUUUGCUAUUUUAUGGCUCCUUACUUCUGUACCUCCUGUUCACUUCUAUGUCUGCGUUUCCUAGAUCUUUUCUGGCGUUUCUUUGUUCUCUUUUUUCAUUCAUCUUGUCUCCCAAUGCAUCAGUCGCAUCCCCAUCCCUCCCCCCGCCCCCGCCCCCCCACCUCCUACCUUUAGCUGCUAAGGAUUUUGGAUGUGGAGGUUCUGGCCUCUGCCUUUCUGGCAAGCUCUCCCAGUAAUUCUGAUACCAGUCAAGGGAGACCUCCUUUGAUGCCUACUUGCAAGCAUGUCUCCCUCCCCUUACAUGGCUUUUGCAGGUUUCUCCCAUGCUCCAUCACUUCGCCCAGUCUCGAAAGAUGAUGCCAGAACUCAACUGUGAGGAUUUUUUGCCGCAAAACCUGCCUGGGCUAGGACUAUAUAAUUCCAGCUUCCCACCUGAUCCCUAGCUGUGAACAGGCCAUCUGUGCUCAGGCUAAAGGAGAACUAUCAAAACAAGCCAGAAACUGUGUUUCCAAAUGUGAUUUAACAGUCUUGAAUGUACGUACAAAGGCAAAUUCAACAUGAGCAAUUAUUGCCUAUUUGGAGCCCUAGGGUUUAGACAGUAAAGAAUCCGCCUGCAAUGCAGGAGACCCGGAUUCAAUUCCCUGGGUCAGGAAGAUCCCCUGAAGAAGGGAAUGGCAACCUACUCCAGUAUUCUUAUCUGGAGAAUUCCACGGACAGAGGAGCCUGGCAGGUUACAGUCCAUGGGGUCGUAAAAGAGUCAGACAAGACUUAGCAACUAACAGUUCCUCUUUCACUUGGAGCCCUAGUUGGGAAAAGGAGGGGAGCCUGAAAAGUGUCCUGGAGGGAGCUAAGCAAGCCUGUUUCAUCUUCCCUUCCCCUGCUCUCUUCUCUCUCCCGUGCUACCUCCCAAGAGUAUAUAAAACUCCUAAGAGACCCUAAUACUAAAGAUACUGGGAAAUCACUGCUUUCACUGAAGUGAACAUUCUUCCUAACGAGGGUUGGACUAAGGUCUGAGAAAUCCACCAGCCGUCCCGUACACGACGGUUCCAAGCCUCUGGUUUUCCAGCAAAUGGGCCUAACCUCAGUGACUUGAAGUAUGGGAUUUAAGUGAGCCCAUGAGCACUGGGACUUCUUCAGACCAACACUCCUCCUGCCCCAGAGGUUUCACCUCAGGGUCUCAAGAUCAGUCUGGCUGGUCCCUCUCAGCAACUUUUCUCAUAAAGGACAUCUAAGGGCAUUUUUGUUUGUGCCCUACAGCCCUGAAAAUCUACCAGCUCAGAAACGGGGCAAGGCAACUACUUCAACUACAUCAUUAAAAUGCAGCAAGUCACAGCUUGCUGGGAAGAUGAGUGAGGUGGAUAAAUUAGAAGGGCCUGGUUGCGAAGGCAGACAAGGAUCAGCAUGAUCCUGACUCGCAGAGCUGGCCCAAAGUCAAUGCCUUAAACUGGCCGGUCCUGGGCUCAGUUCUCUUUCAGCAAGUCUGCCCCCAUUCGGCCAGGCUGGAAGUGCCUUUUGACUCUUAAGGUUAACUACCCUCCAGAGCCGCCCAGGUCAAGGAGACUGCGCCAUACUCUGUCCCCUGUCUUCCUGCAGCUCAGAGCACCAGGCAUUUUAGUCUUGCAGCUCUUCAGCUGAUUUUCUGACUUGGACAUAGGAUUUCACCGAAACUCUUAGGCUUCCUAGUCUGGAAAUACUUUUUUGGGUUUGUCUUCUCAUAGCUGGAUGGCCUGUUUUCCUGGAUUUAUUAUAGAAUUUAGAAACAAGUCCAUGGGGGUAUGACCUCUAGAGUUUAGCUUCCAGCCCUGUGUUGUGAGAAUCAUGUACCAGUUCUGUCCUUCUGUGUGUUGAUUGUGUAAUCCUCACACUCUCAGGUAAGAGACUGAUGGGAACAUCUCAUGUGUAAACCUGUUGUUGAGGUGCUUUGCUAAUCGAGUGCAUAUAAAAUAUCUUCCACCCAAGAAAGCAUUCUAACUGUUAGCUAGUUUAUGCUGCACAACUACAGGAAGCACUAAGCCUGGUACUUAAAUGAGAGGCUGUCCUUCAGGGCAGGCCUAGUGGUGGUGAUGCUGCUAUGGCUCCUGGUGUGUCCGAAACGCUUCUCUACUGACAGCUCUCAGCCCAUCGACAGCCUUAGAGCUCCGCUCAUUGCUUCUCGCCCCUCACUGCAGUCCAAGAUGGUGUCAUACUCUCCAGUAUAUUUACUGGACUUGCCUCCUGAUGUCUUUUCGCUAUUUUCAGUUGUUGGUGCCUUGCCCUCAAGGAGCAGUUUCCAGGGCAUUUCCCAGAGGCCCUACAGCUGCCUCAAAGAGGACUGUCCCUGCUGUUUUGUGCAUUGGCUACAGCAUUAGACUAGCUUUCUGGCAGAUUGCUUCAGGAUCAGCACUUUUUUGAUUAGAUAUAAUCUCAGCCGCCUAGGAAAAAAAAAGCCUGGGAGCCUAAUAAGCAUAUUUCACGUUCAUCCAAAAUGAAGCGUUCUUCAUUUACUGAGGCUAAGCCUUGGAUGUUAAAGCAUUGUGUGUCCCGGGCCACAGUGGGUUAUGUUACUAAUAGAAGGAAGCUGGGUUUGCAGGGGUUUGGGGCUGUGCGAGAGUAAACACUAACACUUGAGUUCCAGCCAGCUGGCAAGGAUGAAAGUCUUUGAAGAAUGUAAUACAAGAUGGGAAAAGGAGAACGUAAAGCUUUUUGUCCUGAAUGAGAGUAGGAAACCAGCCAGUGGGACCAGCGUGGGCAAUAAGAAAUGCUUCUGUCUCUGGACAAGCCUUAAAGGGACAUUCCAUCUCCACUGGUCCACUCCCAGGGGCACUGCCAUGCAGAGAUUAGCCCACAAAACUGGAAGAAACCCUUUGGAGUGGUGGGUAUCCAGCUUACUGUGCAUGUGGCACCAUCUGUUGGUGGUAAGGUAGGGCCCCCAACUGGUUCGCAAAUGUAAAUGCAGCCUUUUGCAGACAGAAGAGUAAGGACAGGUGGCUUUCCUACCUCUGAGCCUUCUUUGGGGAGGAGCAUCAUGGAAUGUUGACAGUUAUCUGAAACCUUUUAAGUUCCCUCAUUGAAUUCCUGUCCUGUCCCUGAGGAAUCAUAUGACCAAGAAACCACAGGCACCCACCCCAAAUUUCCCCAGGAGGUGGAGUGAUGCCAGAAGGGAAGAGAGUGAAUGGCCCCUCUGCCUUCCCAGGGCCACCAGAAUGAGGAACUGGUUGCACUGGUUGUAUAACGUAUCAGAAGCCAUACUUUGUUCUGUUUUCUCAUUUCCAAUGUUCCUGCUGUGUGGAUGAAUAAAAUGACAUGUUGCAAAUUUAUUUGAAAAUCCUUGAAGGAAGGUACUUUGCAAAUACAGUAUUCUUUUUAACCAAUAAACGUACUAUUUUUAUAAGCA